CAGUGCAGAUCCCGACGUAGGGCUUGAUCCCAUGACCCUGGGAUCCUGACCUGAGCCGAAAUCAAGAGUUGGAUGUUCAACCAACUGAGCCAGCCAGGUGCCCCUCUUUUCACUCUUAAAGCAUACUGGCUUGGAUAAGAUAAUAUAGGGUCAUCAUAUGUAUGAGUAUAAUUAGGCAAUCAAGCAGGUGGCUGGGGUAAUUUUGAAGCCCUGAAACAAUUCCAAACAUGGACUAGAAUAUUCUGCCAAAUGAAUGAAGGGCAGGAACAGCAGAAUGCUGAAGAGUAGGAUCUCUGAUUAGGGUGACAAAGAGAAAGUCCCCAGGGUCAUUCAGGAAGUAAAUUAUUGAGGUUGGAGUCCAAUUCAAGAUUUUUAGCUACAGGGCCCUAGCUCCUGAUCAGUACUCUAUAUUGUGCUCAAUAAUUGUGAGCUCUAAGGAGGAAGAGGAUCGCAUAUUUUAUUUUCUGUUUUAUUCUCAGUGCCAAGAAAGUAUCUGGAACAUGGUCAAGUAAGUAAAGAAAUUUAUGCUGGCCUCCUUUGAAGGAAAUCUUGUUUGCUGUUGGAAAUCCGAUGUACUCUGUGACCACAAUGGGGCAGAUAGAAGAUUCAGACAGCAAAAUGUGUGGUGUGUCUGAAUUUUGAUACAGUUUCCAGGAGAAACAGCAUGUGGCUGUAAUGUACACAUAGUGAUGAUAACCACCAUAUCUCAGUCCCUGACACUUCCUACUCCUUCCAUCCCCAGCAGAGAUAAGAACAACAUGAGGCCUAAGAACCAGAGCAGCAUGUCCGAGUUCCUACUCCUAGGGCUCCCCAUAUGGCCAGAGCAGCAGGGCAUGUUCUUCACCCUGUUCCUGGGCAUGUACCUGACCACGGUGCUGGGGAACCUGCUCAUCAUCCUGCUCAUCAGGCUGGACUCUCGCCUCCACACGCCCAUGUACUUCUUCCUCAGCCACUUGGCCUUCUCUGAUAUCUCUUUCUCAUCUGUCACCGUCCCAAAGAUGCUGAUGAACAUGCAGACUCAGCACUUAUCCAUCCCCUAUGUGGCAUGCAUUUCCCAGAUGUAUUUUUUCAUAUUUUUUGUCUGUCUUGACAAUUUCCUUCUUGCAGUGAUGGCAUAUGACAGGUAUGUGGCCAUCUGUCAACCACUCCACUACACCACUGUCAUGAGGGAGGAGCUGUGUAUCUUACUGGUGGCUGGAUCCUGGUUCUUCUCUUGUGCCCAUGCCCUAUUGCAUGCUCUCCUUCUGUCCCGCCUGUCCUUCUGUGCUGACAAUACCAUCCCUCAUUUCUUUUGUGAUCUCACUGCCCUUUUGAAGUUGAUCUGCUCAGACACCUCCCUCAAUGAGCUAGUUAUCUUCACCGAAGGGGGAGUCUUUGCCUUCCUGCCAUUGUGUGCUAUUUUGGGCUCUUAUAUUCGCAUUGGGGCCACCAUCCUAGGGGUUCCCUCCAUCAAGAGGAUCUGCAAAGCCUUGUCUACCUGUGGCUCCCACCUUCUUGUGGUGUUUUUGUUCUAUGGGACUCUUGCAAUGAUUUACUUCAUUCCUUCAUCAAACAAUUCCAAAGUCAAAGAUAUAGUUGUUUCAGUUAUAUAUACAGUGGUGACACCCAUGUUAAACCCCUUUAUCUAUAGCCUGAGGAAUGGGGACAUGAAAUUGGCUCUGGGGAUACUUUAUAGGAGGAAAAUUAUUUUUUCUAAGUAACAGUUACUCAUAUUCUUAAUUGUCCUAGUGAUGUUUCUAGAGACACCUCCUUGAAAAAUUGUGUAGCUGACUGUUGUAGAUAGCAAAAAUGGCCAAAUUACUUCACUGCCCCUCUUAUAAAUGUGGUUUGUUUCCUUACCCACUGAAUCGGGACAGGACUUCUGACUGACUUUGACUAAUAGAUUCAGUGAAAGUGGUGUGAGAUUUCCAAGCCUAUGUAGACUCUGUUCCUUCUCCUCUUGGAACCUUGAGACCACCAUGUGAAAUAGUCCAAGCUAGGGUGUGUGAAGAUGGGGGCCAUGUGAGGGAGAACCAAGAUGCUCCAGCUAACAAUCAACCAGCUCCCUGGUGACCUGGUAGGUGACAGCAGAAGCAUGAGUGAGCCCUUGUUGUGAUCAGCUGAACCAAACCCAGAUGAGAAACCCUAUCCAGCUAGCACAUUCCCUGCUCAAAUUGCAAGUGCAUGGAAUUGUCAUAUAAACAAGUGGUUGUUGUUAAGCCACUAAAUUUGGGGAUGGUUUGUUAUGCAGCAAAAGCUAACUGAUACAUUGCCUUUGUUUCCUUGUUUUCUUUGAUUUCAAUGGUCUCUCCCCCCUUUUUGGAUCCCUACUUGGAUUGUAUUCCCUGCCUAUUUUUCAGGUUAUGAUCUCCAUAACCUAUUGCCUUAGCCUUAGGUACCUUAUCUUGUCCUCAUUAUUCUCCCAUAAGCCUUGCUAUAUGGCAUUAUCAGCAACUCUCAUUUUUGUCAAGUCAACAUUUUAAGGUAUGACCUUAUCUAUCUGAAGAGAAAUAAAUGAAUUGCUGUGAUAUCAAAACACAUGAACUUCUUUUUCUGAAGGAAGGUUACAAGUUCUGUUUCUUCUUGAAGAGAAACAAUCUUAGACUAAGAUUUGUGGUCUAAAUUAUAUUGCAUUUUGUGUAAGUUAUACCUUCUGACCCCUUAACUUACUGAUGCCAAGCUAAAGAGAUAAAAAUUCUCAAAUGUGAGGGGCGCCUAGGUGGCUCAGUUAAGUGUCUGACUCUUGAUUUCAGCUCAGGUUACAAUCUCAUGGUUCGAGAGUUUGAGU